AUGAAGACGAUAUUGAAAAGGAAUCUCGUUCAGCAGUGGGCUCAGCAGUUCAGCUCGUUAUUAGUGGAUCGAAAAACUAAUCCGUCUGUUAACGCUGAUACAUUAUCUUCAGUUGGCGGUGAAAAGCGGAAAUUCAAGCUGCCUCGUUUGGAACUGAAGAAAUUUGGCGGGGAAAUUAAAGAUUGGCUGCCGUGUUGGGGACAAUUCAGAAAAAUUGAUGAAGACAACGAUAUCGAUGAAACCGACAAGUUUCAAUACUUAGUCCAAGCAACUAUCCCGAAUUCCAGAGCGAGGGAAUUAGUUGAAAAGAAACAUGUUGAAUUAUCAACUGUUUAUGAUCGACUUGAAACCCAGCUGAGAUCAUUAGAAACUCUUGGCGUUACUACAGCAAAGUAUGCGGCCAUGUUGUUUCCCUUGGUUGAGUCUUGUUUAAGUGAAGAAGUUUUAAGAGCCUGGCGGAGAAAUGAUAGAGGAUUGGAUGGAAAAGUUGACACAAAAGAAUCUCGAUUGGAAAGUUUGAUGAAAUUUUUGAAGAACGAAGUUGAAAAUGAGGACAGGAUAGCUCUUGCUAUGGAAGGCUUCUCUUUGAAAGAAAAUAACAAAAAUAUAAAGAUUAAAAGAGACUUGCCGACAGCUGCGGGACUUUUUUCAGGAAACCAAAAAUCUGUUUUGAAGUGUGCAUUUUGUGACAAGAACAAUCAUGAAUCCAAAGAAUGUCAUGUUGCUCGAAAUUUGGAUUUAAGUGAGAAAAUGAACCGAUUGAAGAAAAGAGGUUGCUGUUUCAGAUGUCUAAGUAACGGUCACGUGUCAAAGCUAUGCAGGGUCCAAGUGAAUUGUGGAAUUUGUGGUCAAAGACAUCAUGCUGUGAUGUGCCCUGAUAGAAAGACCGUUGAGUCUUCUAACUCUCAAGAAGCAACGGAAAGUUCAAUCAAUUUUGGACAGUUCAAUACAUUGACCAAUCCCACAUGUUCUACAAGUGUGUUUCUACAAACCCUGGUCGUGGUUCUUCGAGGAGAAGAACAGGAUUUUGCUGUGAGGGCCCUCAUAGACACUGGAAGUCAGAAAUCUUAUAUUACGAAAGAAGCUGCUAAGAAAAUGAAGUAUCCUGCAUUAAAAGAAACAACUCUUAUUCAUACUUUGUUUGGAGGGAUGCAAAAUCCUCAGAAACAUUCAGAAUACAAGAUUUUUGUAAGUGAUUUUAACAAAAAUUAUCAUUGCACUUUUAACGCAUUUGAUCAAGAGAAAAUCUGUGCCGAAAUUUGUCAGAUACCAACCGGAUUUUGGUCAAAGGAACUAGAGGAUAAUGGAAUCCAUCUAACUGAUCAAGAAUGUUUACCAUCUUGUUCUUCAUCAACAAUCCAUUUGCUUAUUGGUGCUGACAUAGCAGGAAAAUUGAUGACUGGAAAAAUCCUCAAUUUAACUUGUGGAUUAACUGCCACUGAGACUUUGCUUGGUUGGACACUUAUGGGAAGAGCACCAAGCAGUUCAGACUCUAUAAGCAUGACAGUGACAAACUUACUUAUAAAAGAUUGUAAUAUAAGUGACUUAUGUAAGUUAGAAGCCAUUGGAAUUACUGAUCCUACUGAAUCGAAAAAGAAGACUGAAAUGCAUCAAGGUACUUCAGAUUAUUUUCGAAACACUCUGACGAUUGAUGAGGAAGGGAGGUACGAAGUCGCCUUACCUUGGGUGUUAGAAUCAUCCCGGCUCCCUGACAACAGACAAAUGGCCGAGAAACAGCUUUCUUCUGUUUAUAAAAUACUUGUAGAAUCCGAGAGAGUUGGAGUAUAUGCAGAUAUCUUUAAAAAAUGGAUUGCUGACGGUGUCAUUGAAGAAAUCGAAGAUAAAAAGGAAUUGAAUGUAUACUAUCUCCCGCACAGGCCUGUAUUUAAAGAGAACAGCAUUACUAAGAAAGUGAGGCCAGUUUUCGAUGCAUCCGCACUUAUAAAGGGUACACCCUCACUGAAUGCCUGCUUAGAAAGCGGUCCUAAUUUAAUUGAACUUGUUCCUUCCCUACUGAAUCGUCUCCGGAAAUUUCCUGCUGGAAUAGCAUCAGACAUUGAGAAGGCAUUUCUUCAGAUCAGAAUCAGAGAGAGGUACAAGGAUUAUCUGCGAUUUUUAUGGAAAACCAAAGACAAGGGAAUGAAAAUCUACAGACAUCGUAGAGUUGUGUUUGGUGUCACCUGCAGUCCAUUCCUUUUAGCGGCAACUUUGAAUUGCCAUCUGGAAAAAGCCCCUGAAGAGCUCUUGAAUACUGCGGAAAUUUUGAAGAAUAUAGAUGAAGCAGAUAAAUUUAUAGUUAAAUCGCAAGCGUUGAUAUCUUUAGGAAAAUUAAAUCUACGAGGCUGGCAAUCAAAUGCUUCACUUGAAAUUAUCGAUCAACCAGAUAAACACCAAGCUGUACCCUUAUUGGGCUUAAACUGGAAUCUAAAACAAGAUACUCUGUCUUGCUGUCCGAAAGAUGAAAACGUGGUUCUUACUAAAAGAGGUCUGCUUUCUUUGGUUCAGAGUAUAUCUUCUCCCGUAACCAUCAUUCCAAAGUUUAUGCUGCAAGAAUCCUGGAAUCUUGGACUUAAAUGGGAUGAUGCCCUGCCAGAAGGUCUAGCAAAACGAUUUUGGAACUGGCUGACGGGUAUAAAGAAUCUUUCAGAGGUCAAAAUACCUCGGUGGAUGAAGCUGAGUCAAGGUGAAGAAGAAGGGGAAAAAGAAGGAAAAUAUUUGGAAAUUUAUACCACCAUCAGCUCCAUGGUGGGAGCGCCUUAUUGCCCUAGUAAAAGACCUUCUGAAGAAAGUUCUAGGCCUAGCAUGCCUGAGUUACGAAGAAUUGAAUACGAUUCUAUGCGAUUGCGAAGACAUCCAUCUUCAUUCUUCAGAGAACGUAGGAAAAAUGGAAUUCCAGAUCUUGACCACUUGGAACUAUCUCCUGAGUAUUUUCGCAAGCGGCGACUGUAUAGGUGUAAACUGCAAGAAGAUCUCAGAAAGCGAUUCCGACUGGAAUACUUGGGGCAGCUGAGGCAACAAACCAAGAAAAUGAUAAAAACCCACGAUUUCAAGGUGGGAGAAGUGGUUACUGUCGAAGUAACCAAUCAAAAACGUCUGAAUUGGCUUCUGGGGAAAACAACAGAAAUAUUCCCUGGUAAGGAUGGUUCAGUUCGCCUUGUGAAAGUAAAAACGAAGAACGGCGAAUUUCUGAGACCUGUACAGCGUCUCUAUGCACUUGAGAUUCAGACGCAAUCAGUAGAGAAUCCACUAGAGAAGAGAGCAUCUGAAAUUGAAGAUGAGAAAGAAGAGACAGUACAACAGCAAUAUGUUGAACAUCCUGAGAAGCUACCCGAAUCGGACAAAACGUCUCUACCAAAUCUAAAUACCAUGAAAACCCGUUUCGGCCGUAAGAUUCAAGCUCCCAAACGACUGGACCUGUGA